GGCUUGGUAGAAUUGAACAUAGAACAUCACUGUGAAUGCGAAGUUAUUUGGAUCGUAUACCAUCAUGUUUUUGGUUUGAAUGCUAUCUGUUCGCCUCUAGGUGUACAUGAAAUGCAGGUAGAAAAUGGAUCAGAGGCAAGCUAAUUCCUUAAUAAUGACAGUAAAUGAAAAGAAAUUCAUUGAGAGUGCGUUACUUUCAGACAUUAGGGUUGAUGGUCGGCGCCCUUUUGACUAUAGAAACCUAACUAUCAGGUUUGGCAGCGAAGAUGGUUCAUCAGAGGUGCAGCUUGGACAUACUCAAGUUAUUGGUUUUGUUUCGGCCCAACUAAUUCAACCUUAUAGAGAUAGGCCGACUGAAGGGACAUUUGCGAUUUACAUCGAGUUCUCGCCUAUGGCUGAUCCUUCAUUUGAGGCAGGUCGUCCUGGAGAAACUGCUGUUGAGCUGGGACAAAUUGUAGAUCGUGGUUUGAGGGAAAGCAGGGCCAUAGACACAGAAUCACUUUGUGUCGUUGCAGGGAAGUUGGUAUGGUCCAUCCGGAUUGACCUUCACAUUAUAGAUAAUGGGGGAAAUCUUGUUGAUGCUGCCAAUAUUGCUGCUUUGGCUGCUCUUUCUACAUUCAGGAGGCCUGAAUGUACAUUUGGAGGAGAAGAUGGUCAAGAAGUAAUAGUAAAUCCACCUGAUCUGUGGGAGCCACUUCCUUUGAUCAUUCACCAUCUUCCGGUGGCAGUAACAUUUGGGUUUAUUGGUAAAGAAAACAACGUGGUGAUUGACCCAACCCACUAUGAAGAGGCUGUGAUGGGAGGAUCAAUGACGGCUACACUUAAUACAAAUGGUGAUAUUUGUGCUAUUCAGAAAGCUGGGGGUGAUGGAGUCCUGCAGAGUGUUAUAAUGCAGUGUUUACGCAUUGCUUCUGUGAAGGCAGGUGAUAUAACAAGCAAGAUAAAGAAUGCUGUUGAAGCGUAUAAUACACAAAGAUCAUUACGGAAAAUUAAACGUCAUGAUCCUUUGCCUGAUGAACAGGGUUCCAUUGAUGUGGCAAAGUAUCAUAUGGAAAGAUUAACAUUGGGGUCCGACGUAUCUACUGCCGGUCAUAGCAACAUGGAAAUUGGCAGCCAAUCAAAUGAACGUGAUGAAACAAACAAGAAAAACACCACUGCUAAAGGCUUUAGUGGUCGGCCUGCAAGUUGGGAUCCAUAUUCGAGGGGAGUUGAUGGUGACGCAUUAAAAGCAUCUUUAGCUUCUCGUGUAACUGCACCUCCCGACAAGCACAUAAAAUCAUCGAGACAAGUGAAAGCUGAUGUGGCCAAAUCUAGCCAACGAUCUUCCGAUACCAACUCAUUUCAAGAAGCAAAGAAAAUAGGAUUACAAACAGAUGAAUCAAAGACGUUGAAAGAUGCAGUGAAGCCGAGGCAGAAAAGGAGAAUAAACAAGUCGACAUCCAACUCCGCUGCAACUUAGAUCAACGCUUGCCGUCUCUAUAUCGAACUAUACAAAUUACGAUAGGUUCAUGCCAUUUUUAGUCGAUUUGCUUUUGUUCUUUUUUGCCUUCUUUAUAUCCAACUAUACAAAUACGAUACGUUCUCUAAUAGUUUCUAAAAACUUUACCUCAGUUUUUUCC